CGUACCGCAGUUCAGCUGGGCAUCAGCUGUUCUUGCUGCGACGUAUCGGGCGCUCUGCGACGCAUGCACGAAGAAGGAGGCGCUAGCCACUUUUGCCGAGUGUCCACUUCUUCUUCAGCUAUGGUCGUACGAGCAUUUCGCCAUAGGCAGGCCGGUGGUGGAUCGCUCACCGUACCCAGAGGAGUGGUACGGCGAGAUGGACGAGGACGCGCCGACAAUGGCCUCGCUGUGGUGUCGUCGACGGCCACACUGGGCCCACGAGCAGCCUCGCAGCGCGUACGAGCAUUUUCGUACCCAGUUUGACAGGCUACGUCCUAACGAUGUGGUAUGGGAGCCAUACAACGCUCGGUCCGUGCAUACACGUGCAGGGUUGGGAUUGUCACCCUUGUGCACCCGCGACGAGGAGUACUGGCUCACCAAGGCGCCCCUUGUCUUCGACAUCUACGUCAAAGAGUACUCACCGCAGCGCGUCAUGCGGCAGUUUCGCCGUCACCAGGCAUUCCCGCUCGUCCCCAUCCGUACAGUCCCCUUGCACCUGCUGCCAUGGACCGCGUCCGACAAGGGUAUCACCUAA